AUGAGGUUAUGUUUAUCAUGUAAUCGUGUACAAUUUGGUACAAUUUCAUUCUUUAUUUAAGAAGAAAAUAAUUACAUAGCCAAUUAGUGACAGUCACAUUCAAUUUUUGAGUCAUUCCAUAGAUUAAUCUGUUAUAAUCACUGAACAAAUGGAGAAGAAACCAAAAGUUAUUGUGUUUGAUUUAGAUUAUACUUUAUGGCCAUUUUGGGUUGACACUCAUGUAACCCCUCCAUUUAGGAAAGGAGCGCAAAAUAAAAUAGUAGAUGCACAUGGUCAUAUUAUACGACAUUAUACUGAUGUACCUGAUAUAUUAAAACGAUUAUCAGAAGAAGGAUAUGAACUUGGUAUAGCAUCACGUACAUCAGAAAUAAAGGGUGCUAAACAAUUAUUAGAUUUAUUUGACUGGAAAAAAUAUUUCAAAUAUAUUGAAAUAUUUCCUGGUUGCAAAGUCACACAUUUUUCUAACAUUCAAAAGAAUUCUCAAGUUGAAUAUAAAGACAUGGUUUUUUUCGAUGAUGAACAUAGAAAUAUUGUGGAUGUUGGUAAACUUGGGGUACAUGCUGUAUUUGUUGAUAAUGGAGUAACGCAUCAUGUUUUAGAAACAGCUUUACAAUCAUUUAACAAACAAUAAUUACUUAGAUUUUAUUUAUAUCAAUAAUUAUAAUACAUUGUUUUGUAAUAUUUAUAAAAGAUUUAUUA